AGCUGUCAAAAAAUCUUUCAAAUUGCUGUGUGUGGUUUGCACGUGUUUUUAUUUAUUUAAUGAAAAAGUGAAAAAUUAGCAAUGAAAAUUUUAUCAGAAGAUAGAACAAGAAUAUUAUUCGAAAAGCUAACCAAGUAUAUCGGUGUCAACGUUAAGCUUCUAAUAGAUAGACCAGAUGGCACAUAUUGCUUCAGAGAGAAGAAAGACCGCGUAUAUUAUAUUUCAGAACGCUUAUUGCAAUUGGCACACACAGUAAAGCCAGAUCAUUUGAUAUCGGCUGGAACGUGUUUUGGAAAGUUCACAAAGACAAAUAAAUUCAGGUUACAUAUCACAGCAUUGACUUAUAUUGCGCCGUAUGCUCCUUACAAGUUGUGGGUAAAGCCAUCAGCCGAACAACAGUUUUUAUAUGGACACCAUGUGAUUAAAAGUGGUCUUGGUAGAAUAACGGAAAACACUCCAAAGAACCAAGGAGUAGUCAUUCUCACCAUGUCAGAUAUCCCGAUAGGUUUUGGGGUAACUUCAAGAUCAACUACAGAUUGCAGGCAUGCUGAUCCAUUAGCGACUAUAGCCUUCCACCAGGCUGAUAUAGGAGAAUAUAUUAGAUCAGAAGACACUUUAAUAUAAUAAAUAGAUUUUAAAUUUC